AUGGGCCUCUUCAGCACCGACCCCGACAAGAAGGAGGAGAAGAUCCUCCAGCGCGAGGCAAAGCACGAUGAGAAGCAAGUGCACCAGGCGCUGAAGGACCUGUCGAUUGCGCAGAAGGAGGAGUCUCGCGUCGCGAAGAAGGAGCACAGCGCAACCACCGAGCUCGAGAAGGCCCUGCAGGCGCAGGAGAAGGCGCGCAUCGUCCUGACCAAGGCCGAAGCCGACCUGAAGGCGGCCGGCAUCCGCGUCGAAAAGGCGCGGAAGGAGGCCGACGACAUGGCGGCGGCGCACCAGCGCGCGAUCGGCGAGACGCAGGGCGCGAAGGACAAGCUGGACCAGGUCCAGGCGACUUUCUCGGAGAAGAAGGAGGAGCGGAACGAGCGUCUCGCCGCGCUCGGAUCUCGGAACAUCUCGCCGACGUCCAGCAACAACAGUAGCACUGUUGGCGUCAACCGCUCGGCGUCGCAGAGGUAUGCCUCUGGCUCGUCGCUCGGCCCAGGCGGCGCGGCCAUUGGCCGUUCCACCAGCGCUUCGUCAGGUGGCAGCGGACACCGCGUUGCGGCCCCUGUCUACACCGGCGAGACGGUCACAUCGCCCAUCCAGGCUUCGCCCACUUCUCCCAUCGCUGGCGGUACCGCUGCUGGCGUCGCUGCCGGCCCCGGAGGAGUUGCGGGCGGUGAGGUCCGCCGCGUAGCUGCGCCCGAGUACGGCGCCCCUUCGCCCGUCUCGACCGGUUCUGGAUCCAUGGGUCUGGCCGAGCGUGCGGCACACGACAACGCGGCCGCUGCACAGGGAUACCCCACCCAGCAGCAGCCGGUGCAGCACGUCCAGCCGAUCCUGCAGCAGCAGCAGCAUGUUCAGUACGCCGACCAGCAGCCCGUUCAGCACGUUCAGCACGCCCAGCCCCAGCCUAUCCUGCAGAACCAGCCCAUCCAGCACCAGCAGGUCCCCCAGAUCCAGGAGCCCGUCGCGCCCGCCGCGCAGAUGCAGGCCCGCCCCGUUCCCCCCGUCCCCGACGUUGAGCCGAGGACCGUUAAGACGCACCCGCCCAUCAUUGGCGGCUCGCCGGAGGGCGUGCAGAGCCACCCGCCCAUUAUCGGCGGAGCCCAGCAGCAGCCUGGUGCUUACUAG